AUCAUUGUUUAUUGCCUCGUGAGCAACACAUUCUCACUCAACCAUGAAUAUUUGGUUGUAAAAUGACACAAAUAUAACAAGUAAAAUCAUGAUGUUUAUAACUAGGUUUCAAAUUAACCAUGAGUAUUAAAUAUCCGAGAAAAUAAACAGCAUUAAAUACGUCAGUAUCGAUAAGCUAGAUCAGAGACACAGGGUAAAUAUAACUAAUUGUGUGGUUUGAAUCCACUUAUACGUCAUCUACUGGUAGAACACACCUUUGCUCUGCUUAUCCUCAUAAAGACUCCGCUCCUCGUUCACUCAAGAAAAAACAACACAUGGGUAACAACUUUGCACUCACAAAUGACUUAGAUUAAACUAUGCUAUUUGUCUGCACUCCUAUUGCCGUGGCUAUUUGUGGACAUAUUUGAACUUCCGGGUCGCCUGCCGUCUGUCUUCAAAAGAAAAAACUAAAGAAGGAUUUACAAAAACUAAAAUUGUUAUUUUGAGUUCUGUUCCCUCGUAUUUUAUUCGGAUGGGAAAAAACCGUUGUGCAACCGAAAACAGAAAAAAACAUAGAAUUUCUGUAUUUUCGACUAAACGAAACAACAAGCGACCACAACGUACCGAGCCGGUCAGACAGCCAUACGUCUCGAGCUAGAUCCUCGGAACCCGUCAUCGCUAGACACUGCGCGUCGGGUGAACUCGUCAGCCGAAUGACGUCGCAACGAGUCGUACCGCGAGAAAGCCCGAGAACAUGGAAACAGGACAACAAAAAUAAAUUUGUGGAACAACAAGCUUAGAGUGCAUGAUGGCGGCGUCGCUGCUUCGCCGGGACAAGAAAGCCACCGCCGCCCACUUGAAGGCAGACUUGAAUCGGACUGACAAUGGCAACGGGGUACGACAACUCCAGGAGCUGCUCGACGUUGUGCUGAAUCCCGAAACCCCAGCGGCGGACACCGAGGCUCUCGACUGGUGCAAAUGUCUCAUCGCAUCAGGCGAAGGCUUCGAGGAGUUCUGCAAAACCGUCCGGUCCUACGACAACGCGACCCUGUGCGGCUUGGUCUGGACGGCCAAUUUCGUGGCGUACCGAUGCCGGACCUGUGGCAUCUCCCCGUGCAUGUCCCUGUGCGCCGAGUGUUUCAACAACGGAGACCACACGGGCCAUGACUUCAACAUGUUCCGGAGCCAGGCCGGCGGGGCCUGUGACUGUGGAGACGGGAAUGUCAUGCGGGAGAGUGGGUUUUGCAGACAGCAUCGGUUGAGAACAGGGGAGAAUGUUCCCUCAAUACCUCAAGACCUUCUCCUGAUGUCUGAGAUGGUCCUUCCUCACUUCAUCCUGUGUAUUAUACAGUAUCUGAGAGAUGGAUACAUUGAAGCAGACCCCUCAACUGAGCGGGAUCUGCAGAAGGUCCUACAGCAGCUGGAACCUCAGAUCUCCUUCCUCGAAGAGCUCACCAAGAUGGGAGGUGCAAUGAGGACUGUACUGACGAAGAUCUUGACCAAUCAGCAAACAUUCAAGGAAUUGAGCAUGGGCCAAGAGGAGAAUGUGUAUGCUAAAAAGAACUAUGACAAGUAUUUGUCAGCCUUGCAGAAUUCAGGUUUGGUGUCCGUGGAGGAGAAAGCCCAAGGUGCGACUGCUGAUGUCACGGUUGGUGCUGAAGGAGGUGCAGGAGCAAUGGCCCUAUUGGGAACCACCGCACCAGGAAGCCCGGAUGAGUCGAGUAAAGAGGAGGACCAAGAUGCAGGACAAUCUGUUGGACAGAGGAAGAGGGUUAAGCUGAGCAGUAGUACCAAAGAUCCGUGUGUUAUUGACUCGCUGAAGCAUAAGUGCUUCCUGGAGGAGUUGCUGUUUUGGACCAUAAAAUAUGAGUUUCCCCAGAAGAUGGUCACUUUCCUACUAAACAUGUUGCCAGAUCAAGAUUACAAGAUCACAUUUACAAAAACAUUUGUUCAGCAUUAUGCAUUCAUCAUGAAAACUCUGAUGAAAAGCCAUGAGUCAGAUACCAUGUCCAACCGCAUUGUACAUAUCAGUGUGCAGCUGUUUAGCAACGAGGAGCUGGCUCGGCAUGUGACGGAGGAGUGUCAGUUGCUGGAUAUCAUGGUCACAGUCCUCCUCUACAUGAUGGAGAGUUGCCUUAUUAAAAGUGAACUUCAGGAUGAAGAGAACAGUCACCAUGUUGUGGUGAACUGCAGCGAAGCUCUGUUGAAGAACAACACCUACUGGCCAUUAGUUAGUGAUUUUAUUAACAUCCUCUCACACCAAAGUGUAGCAAAAAAGUUCCUGGAGGACCAUUCAUUGUUGAUGCUGUGGAUGAGCUUCGUGUCAUUUUUCCAAGGUAUGAACCUGAAUAAGCGGGAGUUAAAUGAACAUGUGGAAUUUGAGUCGCAGACAUACUAUGCGGCAUUUGCGGCAGAGCUCGAAGCCUGUGCGCAACCAAUGUGGGGUCUCUUGACACACUGCAAAGUCAAAGAGACGCAGGAAUAUAGUAAAACUGUGGUGCGCUACUGCUUGGAGACACUGCAGAUCUGGUUUGAUGCCAUUGGCUUCAUUGACGAGCCUGCUCCAAAUCAAGUGACAUUUCACCUGCCACUGCACCGUUACUAUGCCAUGUUCCUCAGCAAGGCUGUAAAGUGCCAAGGCCUGGACCUGGAUAGCCUCCUGCCGGACCAAGAGAUGCUGAUGAAGAUAAUGGUGCAUCCUCUCCAAAUCCAGGCAAGCCUGUCAGAGAUCCACAGCAAUAUGUGGGUCAGGAAUGGUCUGCAGAUCAAGGGACAGGCUAUGACCUAUGUGCAAUCACACUUCUGCAACUCCAUGAUUGACCCAGACAUAUAUCUGCUCCAGGUCUGUGCAUCUAGACUAGAUCCUGACUACUUUAUCUCAAGUGUGUUUGAGAGGUUCAAAGUGGUAGAUCUAUUGACCAUGGCAUCUCAGCAUCAGAAUGCUGUGUUGGACUCUGAGCAAGAGAGGCCGAUGCUUGAAGGAGCACUGACCUUUUUGGUCAUAUUGACGAGCCUUCGUGUUCAUUUGGGGAUGACGGAUGACGAGAUCCUUCGUGGUGAAAUGGUCUCGCAGUUGUGCAUGAAUGACCGCACACACAGCGCCCUGUUAGACCUCAUUCCUGAGAAUCCCAACCCGAAGAGUGGUAUUGUUCCAGGGAGUUGUAGUUUUGAGGAGAUGCUCUCUGCGGUGGCUGAUUUCAAAGCACCGGUGUUCGAGCCUGGAGGCUCCAUGCAGCAGGGCAUGUACACACCGAAAGCGGAGGUGUGGGAGAAGGAAUUUGACCCCAUCAUGGUCGUUCUCAGAACGGUCUAUCGGCGUGACGUCCAGUCUGCAAUGGACAGAUACUCGGCAUUUUUAAAACAAGCUGGCAUUCACACUGGCAACCCAUGGCCACCUUACAAGGAGAGGACGGCUCUCCAUCCGUGUUACAAAGGCCUCAUCAAGCUGUUGCACUGCAAGACGCUGCACAUUGUGAUAUUCACUCUCCUUUACAAGAUAUGGAUGGAUCAUCCGAACAUGUCAGAGCAUGUGCUGUGCAUGGUGAUGUACCUGAUCGAGCUGGGUUUAGACAACCAGGUUCAAGACGACAAGGAGGAUGAGGAGCCUUGCAUUGAGGAGCACUGCCACGACAGCUGGUUCCCUGGCACAAACCUGCUCUCCAACCUGCAUCAUGUCAUCAACUUUGUGAGGGUUCGGGUUCCUGAAACGGCUCCUGAAGUGAAGAGAGAGGCCCCUCCGAGCACCAGCACCGAAGCUUCUUCUUAUGGUCAGAACCUGCGUGAAGCUCAGGUGUUCAGCCUUGUGGCGGAGCGGAGGAGGAAGUUCCAGGAGAUCAUCAACCGGAGCAACACUGAAGCCUCCCAGGUUGUCCGGCCCAAGAGCUCCUCAACGCGCUGGGUCCCACCAGGCGCACCCCCGCAACUGGUAACCGAGAUCCUCGAGAUCCGGGAGAGCAUGCUGUCCCUCCUCAUCAAGCUCCACCAGAAGUUGUCGUCCAAGCAAAACUCUCUGUCGCCGUCGUGGCUGGAGGAUAUGGACAUGAGCCGGCACACUCACGGAGAUGGCAUUACAGCCAUCGAGCGUAUCCUCACCAAGGCGGCCACGCGCAGCUGCCAAAUCAAGCGUAGCAUCCAGGACAUUUGUGGAAAGGUGUGUCCUCCUGUGCCACCAAAGAAGAACAGUCCGGCUGACAAGAAAACCAUGGAUAAGGAAGAGAGACGUCUGAGAGCAAGAGAGAGACAACAGAAGCUGCUUGCUGAAUUCGCCUCCCGACAGAAGAGCUUCAUGGAGACGGCCAUGGAUGUUGAAUCGCCUGACACUGAGGCAGCCAUGGACCUGGGAGCGUCUGAAGUGAUGGAGUCUGAGGUUCUUUAUGACUGCGUGAUCUGUGGCCAGAGCGGCCCGUCCACUGACGAUAGACCCAUUGGCCUCGUCGUUCUCCUCCAAGCAUCCUCAGUGCUCGGCCACCGCUGCCAAAGCAAAGAGGCUAAGAAGCUACCAACUAGUGAUGAAGAGCACAUCUAUGCUGUGGACACGUGUGGAGUGGCUCACGAUGUCAGGCUCACGCUCCUGCAACGGUUCUUCAAAGAUAGUUCUUGUCUGCAGUCGGUGUCAAUCGGUUGGGAUGGGGGCGUCUACGUUCAGACCUGUGGACACACCUUGCAUAUCGACUGCCACAAGUCCUACAUGGAGUCUCUGAGGAAUGACCAGGUCCUCCAGGGUUUCUCUGUUGACAAAGGCGAGUUUACGUGCCCACUGUGUCGACAGUUUGCCAAUAGUGUUCUCCCCUGCCGCCCCGGGCGGGGCACAGAGGCUGGCUCCUGGCACACGCCCACAAACAAGAAGACGCUUGUGCUCGUCAAGGAGGUGGAAGAACUUCAGGAGAAACUUGGCCUUUUCCAAACAGAAUCCAACUUGAGUAAAGAAAUGGAGCUGGUGAUUAAAGACGUCAAGAAUACCACCCAGAAUAAAUACAUGGACUAUGGCAAGAACCCUGGCUCCCCUGACAAUGAUUUCCUCUUCAUGUACUCUGUGGCCAGGACCAACCUGGAACUGGAACUUGUGCACCGGGGUGGACAUUUAUGCUCUGGAGGGGCCAGUGCAUCCGCCAAACGCUCGUGUCUCAAUCAGCUGUUCCAUGUGCUGGCCAUGCACAUGCGGCUGUACAGCAUUGAUUCAGCCUACAACCCCUGGACUAAGCUGACUCAGGUUACACCAAUCAGAGAGGCAGAUGGCUUUGAUGAGGACAGACCUGAGGUACCCAUGCUGUUUCGAGAUGUCCCAUCCCUGCUGAUUAUCUUUGUGCUAACAAUGCCACAGCCACUGCGAAAAGAGCACUUCACCUGUGUGGUGAAGAUGCUGUACAACCUGCAGUUCACACAAGCUGUGGUUGCAGUCUCAACCAAGUUCAGCCCAGAAGAAAGGCAGGCCUGGAGCACCUCUGGAGCACUCAAGAAGGAUGUUGCAAACGCUGAGACAUCUUUUGAAGCGCUGCUCAGUCAUGUUAUCUGUGAGCUCUCUAAGGACAAGAGUGUCUACAAGGUGAACACUGAAGAAACAUCACUGCUGAGCUCCAGUGUGUGGUCUCCACAGUCUAUUGAGUUCAGCCUCCAGCAGUUCUGCCUGCCCUUCCUGCGUCUCUCAUGCCUCCUGCAGCAUCACCUCUACGGCGACAACCUGACUGGCUGCCUGGAGGAGGAGGAGUUCACGUCCCUGGCUGUGUGUUUGGGGCUCUUACCCUCGGCCCCUCAGCCCGCCAACAUCGUGGCAAGUGGCUCUUGUCUGAGGUGGGCGGCCAGCGCCUUUGGCUUGGUGACUCAGUGGUGCGCUGAGGUCACAGGCCUCACUCGGAUGCAGCCGGAGCAGUCAUUGACCUUGCUUGUCCAGGAACCUCAGUGGACAGCCCCCCGUCUUCUCCAGCUACCCGACAACUACAAUAUCAUCUUCCAGUACUAUCACAGGAAGGCCUGCACCGCCUGCAACAAGGUGCCGAAAGACCCCGCUCUCUGCCUCGUUUGUGGCGCCUUUGUCUGCCUCAAAGGCGUGUGCUGCAAACAGCAGGGCAUCUGUGAAUGUGUUCUGCACUCCCAGCAUUGUGGCGCAGCUACAGGCAUCUUCCUCCUGAUUAAUGCCUCGGUCAUCAUCAUCAUCCGUGGCCAUCGUUUCUGCCUGUGGGGUUCUGUUUACCUUGAUGCCCACGGAGAGGAGGACCGCGAUUUACGCCGUGGCAAGCCUCUCUUCUUGUGUGCAGAGAGGUAUCGAGUGUUGGAGCAACAGUGGGGCUCACACACCUUUGAUCACAUCAAUAAGCGCUGGGGCCCUCACUAUAAUGGACUCUAAUAUCUUCCAAAGUCCAUUAAAAACAGCAACACGUUACUGAGGAGGUAUUUUCUUUUCUUUUUAUGCGUCUGCCUCGAUCAAAAUAUUUGGGAACUCUUAACGUGAUAAACACGAACAUCCCAGUGAGGGUAUUGCUGCCACAGCCUUGGUUUAUGUGAAGUUUGGUGUACAAUCAUGCCUAAAGAUUAACAUGUGUGUGUGUGUGUGUGUUUAAGUGAUUUAUUGUGUGGUUUUCAACAGGAAAAAACUAAAUUUGGUCAAAGUAAAAAUGCACAACUUUGCCCAGAAAUUGAAUUGGUGUGGAACAGGGUUUUGAAGCCCUUUGUAUUCAUUCGGGUUUAAAAAAAGAAAACGAAGUGCUGAAUGUCCCUGCAAAGUUUGAUUACUUUUUGCACCAUUUACAAUGAUGUUAAUGCAUAUCCCUUUUUAUUUAUCAAAGUGCUCUGCAGUGCUGGCAUGAGUUUCAGGCUCCUGAUGAGUGUAGCGAUGUUAUUGCAAUGUGCACUCAUUAUCUGCUGACAUGUGAGGGGAGGCAGGACAAGUCCACCCAUCAACACACGAGAGGUUUUUUUUUGUGCAAACAGGCAAAGGCUCUUUUUAGGUGUCUAGUUGCAAUCCAUCCUCAGGAAUUUCUUUUGUGUUUGCUGUUUAAAAUCCAUUUUAGAUAUUUAAAUAGAUGCUGCUGCUCAUUGUUCAAGUAAGUCAUUUUAACUUUUCUGAUUUUUUUGUCUUCUCUUUUCUAAGUCUGAGCUUUGAGUUUAUUGGAGGGGCUUGGAACGUUGACUCAAACUCACUUCAAUGUCUAAGGAGGUAUGCGCUCGCCUCAUUGCGCUCACUCCAGAUCUCGGUGUCCUGCCCAAUCGCAACGCUCUUCUUGUUUCUGGUUGGUUCUGAUAAGAAACUCAAAUGACAACUCUAACACGGCUAAAGCUACAACCUGUCAAUGAAUGAUCGAUUCAUUGUCGUCGCUCCACAAAAACCAGAAGUCAAAUCCAUUUAAGUAGCUUGCAUUUUUAAGGAGAAGUCAUUGCACUGAUGUAGUGUCUUGCUGCGCUGGCAAAACUAAACACCAUGACAGCAGACAUGUUUAAUUGCUUCUGUCAAAGUGUUCUCAAGAUACAAAACUCUGUGAAAUUCAGUGACAUUCAAGUUACUUUUGAGAGGAAAUGUCAAAACUCUGCCGGUCUGAUGACACGAUAAGUUUCUCCCUUUAAUGCUUUUGAUUGAGCCCUAACUGCAGUACAGAGCGUUUGUUGUGCUCAUCCCUAACUCCUGCAUCAUCUAGUGAUUUAUAGUUUCAUUCCAACAUAACAAGAUUAUCAGAUUUGAGUACAUUGUGCAUGACACCCUUUAAGCCACCAUUCGUUAAGUUAGCUCCCUAAUAUUUUGAUUAUCAUCUUUUUUUUCCUGGAAGAGAGGACAUGUAUCCAGCUGUGCCUGCAACAUAAUUUCUUCGAGUGAGGAACAGCACACUAAUAUCGAUGACGUCUGAUUUUGAAAUGCUGGGCCACAUUGUGCUGCACCGAGGGAUCUUUAAGGAACAAGUUUACGCUUGAAAACCCCUUCCUCUUGAAUGCAUGCAUUCUGCUUUUCUGUUUACCAAGUUUCUCCUCUCUUCUUUAUUUUGCAGUUCCCACUUUGUAAAUGACCGCAACCAAAUAGCCAAUAAGUAAUGGGUGUAAAUUGUAACUGGAAGCUCUUGUGUGUUCUCCUGUAUGAAUGAAGAGAGAAUACAGUACAUUACUGUAGGUGCUGACUCAAACUUUCUGAGUUUGACCAGAAAGUAUGACUUGGCCAUUUAAUGCAAAAUGUAACAUAUGUGAAUAAAAUAUAAACACACUGA